UUCUUGGCAACGGGUAUUUGCAUGAUAAUGUAUCAAUGUUUUCAUGGUGAAUUGCUACAGUUCAUGGCUACAGUGGGCCACCACAAAAAAUGGCAAUGACACGGGGUACCAUCGCUACGAUGCCCAAGUCUUUUUUGGACGAUAAUUAGGCGGUGGAUCGUGGUUGCGAAGUUGCACGCAAAGCCAGUUUGGCGGGAACCGGGGAUGUUUACCUUCUGCGUUCUGUGAGACAGCCAUUUUGUGUUCCAGGCGUCUGCAGCCGAGACUGAGAGGAACCCGUUCUUCCAACCAUUGUGCCCAGAUUCCCUGGAUUUUUCUCGUGUUUAUGCACACCCUGGCGUCCUAGAAUCGAGUCGACAGCCAAGUUUCAUUCUGUCGAGCGACGAAGGACCGCGAAAAACGCUGUAAAUAGCUCAAUUCUUCUGCAUGUGGUGAAGUUGUGUUGUAACAACGUACUUGACACGAUGUCCAGUUUAGCUGCAAACUCGAGCACCACGUCGGGCCUGCCUCCCUUGCAAGCGCAGUUCCCGCAGUGGUCGCGGGUUGGGACGCUAGACAAAGCCCGGUACCCCAGACCUUUCCUCCGGGAUCGCCUACAGACGCUACCUCCGCCUGGAAGCGGGCACGACGAUCGGGGAGACCGGCAGGGAUCCGCGGGGAGGGUGCAGUUCUCUCCCGAGAGCACGGACUCCGAUCUGUUCGGUACGGGCGACAUGGACGCCAAUUCCAGGGUACAACACCUCCAGAAAAGCAUGAACUUUCUUAAACAACAACAUGGAGAUGUCUUGAAAAGCCUUCACGACGAAAUAGAAGGUCUCAAGAGAGAAAAUAAAGAUCUCCAUUUUAAGUUGAUCAUGAGUAAGGGACUCAGCCCUAAGAAAGCCUCUAUUGUUCCAGAGCUGAGUUCUGUGUCCAGUACUGAGGAUCAGAGUAGCACUACAAAAGAGGACAAGUUAGACGAACUGAAGACCCUGUUUCUGGAGGAGGAGAUACGAGACCUGAAGUACGCCCUGCGGGAGGCCAGGAGUAGGAACCAGUACCUGACACAGAUCAUCCAGCAGAGUGGAAGACAACAGCUGCAGCAGGUGCAGGUGCCGCAGGUGCCCCCGGCCGACCACGCGUACCAGGUGCACGGCAACGCUCAGGUGCAGGCUGUCCACACGGACUCCGCGCAGCUGGCCACCAGCCAGCUAAGGGAGAUGGUGAAGACACCUCAGAUACUGCUCAACCCACUGCAGAUUGUACCAGGACCCGGCCACCCCCCUCGGCCCCCCACCCUGGCAGAGUGUGAACUCAUCAUCAAGUAUCUUCAGAACAAGGGUGACCGACAGUCACACGAGUUGCUGAGACUGAAGUCUGACCUACGGGACGUCCUGUACUCUCACAAGUGGACUCCUGAUGCCUACCUCCUCGCUAAGGCCUACGUGGCAGACGACAAGUCCAGUGAAGGGGAAGUGGAGACUGUAGCCAAGUUGCCAAAAGUUCCCAUGAAAAAUCCAACAAAAAAAUUGCCUGAGGCAGCCUUCAGAGAAACAGAAAAGGUGUCUCUACCCGCCCUGAAAUCAACGUUAGGAAACAAAAAUGUGGAAAGAAGGAAACGGGUCCAAGCCGCUCAGAAGUCCAGGCUUCGCAAGGAGGUGCUACAGUGACCGCUCGUCCCUGAUUGGUCCCAGUGUUGUCAUGUGACCUUCUGAUUGACAUAUCAAAUUAAUAGACUAAAAUGCUGCAUGGUUUCAUAGUGGAGGAACCAUAACUGAUUUCUUUUACAGUCAUCAUUUUCAUUGUUGUUUUCAUCAUCAUCAUUAUCAUACUCGUUGGUUUCAGAGCCAUUUUCUUUUUUAUCUGUAUGUUGUGGUCAAGAUAUGUUUAUGGAAAAUAAGUAUAACGUUACUGGUUUGGUGAAAGUAUGAAUUCUGAAAGUAAUGUAUGCUUAUGGCAAUGCCUGUUGUCAGCUCUUAUUCAGUGGUAAUAGAAACCUAAAUUUGAAGGCAAAACAUGUUUUUAGUGGAAUUAUAAACAAAUUGAUCAUUGUCCAAAGAAAUCAUUGUUUUGAAAAAGAUAUGUUAGCUGCUAUGCAAAUUGUGCGAUUUUAUAGUCUUGUCCAAAUGUAUAGAAAUACUGUAUUAAACAAAAAUGGAACUGAAUAUGCAAUAUUCUGAGUAUGAGAAAACCCGGAAUGGAAGUCAUUAGAAGUGCAGUGCGUUACAAAUUUGGCUUCGUCUUGCAGAGUGCAAGAAAACUCCAUACAUGUUGUACAUGUUCUGUGUAUAUCAUGUGUAGAUCUCUUUGACAUAGGCACUAGGUUGACUUUGAGAAAUGUGGUAUGUAAAAUACGAGGUCUCCCAGACUUUUGGAUCUCCCUGUAAAAUAUUGAAGGUGCUGAGGUAUCAGGUCUCAAAACGUUGGGGUGACCCUGUACAGUUCAUAAAGACUUCUAUCUAUUUUAUGCCAUAUCAUUUUAACAUAUGAUUUUAGAUGCUGUGAACAUGUCAGCAUGUUAAUAACAAUCAUUGUGCCAGAAGUAAAAUGCAACAGCA